AUGAACAGGCUGUCUCUCGACGACCAGUCCCAGCCGCCACUCCUGUCCGAUACCCCUUUCACCGCUAGCACGUCCGGCCUACCCUCUCCAGGUCUCGCAUCAUCCACCGCAUCUAUCGAAGAUCUCCUGACGAGCGAGACGUCUGACGGACCUCACCCUUUCGGUCACGCCCAAGACAUCCACACUGAAGAUGUACGCUCGGACCCUAUUCUCAACAAGCUGGCCAAAGGACAGGGCUUGAUUCCCGUCAGCCCGGAGGCAAGUUUGCGGAGGAAUCCGAGCUUCAAGGCGAAGCCUGCUCCGGCGAAUAUGAGGGACCAGGCAGUGGGACCGAGGAUGAGCAAGGCGGCGGCGCUGCGAAUGGGGAUGGAGUGGGAGGAUAAGAAGCCGGCGGGGGAAAGGAGGCAGGUGGACUUUGCGAAUACGCCGGGCCAUAAGCGGAACAACCUCAGCAUGGAUAUCGCAUCCCUGUCCAGCCCGUCUAUGGCGCCUCGUCAGAACCGCACAUCACAGCUUCGUUCAGGCGGGCUGACACCCUCUGCUUCCGGCCCAAUACGACAUACAGCCGAAGAAGUGUCAGCGCACGUCAAGGCCAAGAGCGAGGAAGACAAGGCGAGGCGAAGGCAGAGCAUGGUCAUGCCGUCGAGUCUGAGUGCCCCUUCCAUAGCACCACGUAUGAAUAAGUCCUCGAUGCUGCGUACUGGCGGUUCCAAACCCCCUCCUACCUCAUUCGACCGCUACCUCACAUCCACCUCGACCAACAAUGUGCCACCCAAGCCGAAGGCCGCAGUCACCCCGAAGCCCAAGACACCUACAAAGGCUACAUUUGACGCGCCGUCGGCUCAGGCAACACCGAAGGAGGAGAAGCGGCGAUCUUUCAUGGGUAGCAUCCGGAGUUUGGGGGCACCAAGCAUCACACCAAGACUUAACAAGACAGCCAUGCUCAGAACCCCUCAAUCCGCAUCAGCUAGCCAAAGCACCAUACCUGGCCUCCCUCUCGACCGUCCCCCAUCCGCAGUCACACCACGGCAGCCGCCGAGCUCAUUCCGACCGACCAGCGCCGGACCGGGCGCUAGCAGACCACCUCCUGAUUCCACCCUGUCGCGCACAUCGUCCAUCCGCGAAUCGGCGCCGUCUGUGGCGGGGUCGGCUAGUCAAACCGGGGCGGCAUCGGCUGGGCCAAGGCCGACACGGGCGAGUAUACUCCGAGCUGGACUGGGAGCAAAGAUACAGGCGGGGAGAUGA